AUGGCUCGGUCCGCGCCUCUGUCUCGCCAGCGCUUCGGCGAUCGCGUGCUCGCACAGGCAGAGCGGGACCUGACGAUUUCUGUGGAGCGCGCGGCGCACAGCGGGCGGCCGGCAGCGGUGGCGGGGGCGACAUCUGGCAACGACGUGGGCGGCGCGCCGGCGCCGGGCCCGGCGCUGCCCCCGGCGAGGUUCGAGUGCGUGGCUGCGGCGCGCGGACCGUCCGGCGUAGCGUGGCGUGGCGGAUCAAUGCCCGCGCCGCGUACUCACGCAAAGUGCUCCCCGCUGGCCGUGUCCCGGAAUGCGUCGAGCCUGGCGGCGGCGGCGGCAGCGGAGGCAGCAGCAGCGGACCUCCUUCCCCGGCCGCGUUCUCCCCUUCAUUUGUUCUCCUUGGCGAGCCCCGGCGUGCUUCCACCCUGGGGCCCGGCGACCGCCCGCCCCCCUCCCAGACCCCCUCCCCCUCCCACCCGCGCCACUCAUCCCACACCCUCCUCCAUCCAACCCUCUUCAAUCAUUCCCUAG